UCCUGUGUUCAGCCUCCUUUGCAACGUACCAGCGUAUUCUGUAUUUCAUUGAUAGUUCACGUAAAGCCCAUAUCGAUUCUGUUGACAGCUUGGCCGUGGAUCUACGGCCGUUACACCAGCGGGAGAGUUCGCGGGGAGCGGAAGUGAAUCGAAUCGAACCAAUGCCAAUCCCGUCCAUCCACGUCACCAGCCACAGCACCCACGACUUUUUCCAUAUCCUCAACUCACCAUCCACCACAUCGGAUACCUAAGAUGUCGGUCCGGCGGUAGCUUCGCUGUUCUCGAACAUCCACACCAAAGGCAGAGAACGCGCAACCUAGCCAGCCGGCCGCCGACAAGAUGGCGGCAGUGCGGAAUGGCGUGCAGGCCAGCGCCAUACCGGGCAGCAUCCUCCUCGUCAUCCACAACUUCGUCGCUAGAAGCGCCGAUGAAUUGAGCUUGGCGAAAGGGGAUCGCAUUGAGUUGAUCGAACGCGAUGACGAUUUCGGCGAUGGUUGGUUUCUGGGGCGGCAUAUGGGCAAUGGGAACACCGGGCUGUUUCCGGAAGUGUAUACCACCCCGGCACCGAAAGGCACAUUAACCGGUACGAACCAGCAACGUCGUAUCAGCGAUGUGCCGAAAAGCGUUGGCGCGACGAGCGGCGGUGACAGUGCGUCGACAUCACCAACAACGACUCGGCAAAGCAUGGCACCGCCAGCGCAGAUGCGGCCGGCGAGUACCACCCCCGCAUCCGCACAGCAGCCACCUUUGGCGCAGACGAGCGCGCUGCGAACCUCGCUUCCGACAACCUCACCCGGCACCCUCGCCAAAGCAUCCACCUUCAACGUCGACUCUCCCGUCAUGAACGAGACACUGUCUGUGAUCAACGAACACAUCACCGACAUGAGCACACCUCGCUCCUCCGCCUACACCAACGGUAACAAGCGCGAUACCAUGGGUAGCGUGUAUUCGCAGCCCAUGAACCGCUUCUCGUUCAUUCCCGGCCACGAGACGGACGAAGACGAGCACACCCUACAUACGGAAGACGAAGUCAUGGCGUGGAGCCCUCUACGUGUUGCGGAAUAUCUGGAAGAUAAUGGCGUGGAAAGACCGCACUGCGAAGUCUUCAAGGAGCAGGAGAUCAGCGGUGAGGUGCUCCUGGCGAUGGAUCAGUCCAGCUUGUUCAUCAAGGAGUUCGAUCUCGGUCCGGUAGGCCGGCGGCUAAAGACGUGGCAUAAGAUCAAGGCAUUGCAGGAUGAGGUCAAGCGCAGCAAUCCGGGAGCAAGUGACAGUGUGACAAGCGAGCUUUCAGCAGCCCCAGGUGCUCUACCCGGCGACUCUCCAGCCCCAAGUGAAGCGGGUAGGAACCGCAGCUCGACGAUGGGCGAGACCUUCCCACGGGGCCUGGAGUUCGCACCCCGGCAAAGCGAUGACACUGGAAGGAGCAGUACGCUGCAAACAUCAAGCCCAUCCGCACCGCAGCAACCAUCGCCCGGUAUCGGAGUCAGCAGGUCGCCGUCGCACGUCAUAUCUCCGCUACAAUCCAUGACGUCGAUGUCGCGACCGGAGAACACUUACCGGCCAUCUGCGCAGACCAUCAGACAGAUGCAGCAUGCGCGGAGACACUCGAGUAUUGACUCGACGUCUUCAGCUGGUGGCGCUCGCACAUCGGGCCAUAAGAAGCAGCCAAGCUUCGAUAAGCAAUGGACGCCCGGCCAAGCAAUGCGGUCAGCAGUGAGCGAUAGGAUCGCUAUAGGUGCGUUGGGAACUAAUGAUUCGAUAACGGAUCUCACCAAAUCUGGGGCUGCGAUGCCAUCAUCUUCACCUGCUGAGCUGGAUCGCGGUUACUUCUCAGAAAACCAAUCUUCGCAGCGCAAAGGCAACACGCUCAAGAAAGCACAAAGCACGACCGUAAGUCCGUUGCAGAGCCGGACAAACAGCUUCAUGUACAACACACGCAGCGCGGGACAGUCAGCAAGCGUGGGAUCACCACGUGACUCAAACGCUCCCAGCAUUAGCAAUGGGAUCUCAAAUCACAUGCAGAACGCCCUGAGCGCUGUGACGAACAAGUUCGGUGCUCCUACACGGGCAGCUACGAAUCCGCAACUUGGAUCCAAAUCCUAUAGCGACAUACAAGCUUCGGCGUCACCUGUAGUAACGAAGCUGGACCCAGGCAGCCAGACAUCCCUCGACGCGGUCGCAAACGCAGGCACAAGCGAUGCCACCUCGCCCAAACCCACCGACACCCCUACAUUCGCCAACGCGAGGCUUGGCGGCCACCGAACAGCAAGCGAAGCCGUCACAAAGAGCGAGAAGACGGCAAACGAGAUCCCCAUGGCGACCACCUUGGAAGAAGCCAAAGUAAUGGCCAGCCCGACCCGAACCGGUUCCACGACCCCUAGCACGGAGACUAGGAGCUUCGACCUACAAAAGUCGCUAGACGGUCAAAGCCGGCGCACCAGUGCAGGUAGUGCAGGGAAGCUCGCCCCACCCUCGGCGCAGAAACGACCGCGCGCGAAGACGAAGAAGUUGACGAGCGCUUACACGCGGGGACUGGAAAAGAUCAGUCCGGCAGAGCAGUUGAAGCGCGGGUGCGAUUACUCGGGAUGGAUGAAGAAGAAGAGUGGGAGUCUGAUGAGUACCUGGAAGCCGAGACUGUUCAUCCUCAAGGGCCGGAGACUGAGUUAUUACUACAAGGACGACGACACGGAGGAGAAGGGAUUGAUCGAUAUCUCCUUCCACCGCGUGCUUCCUGCCAACCAAGAAACGCUGACCGGCCUCCACGCGGCUGUGACAGGCGCUGCUACCAGUCCCACAACACCCACGAACCCCUCUAACCUUACAGCCGCUGAAGCGGACCUGGCCAAGACUACCGCCAAGCCCGGCGAGAGUCCUUCAGAUGGCCUGUUUAUCUUCAAGCUCGUCCCGCCCAAAUCGGGUUUGGCAAAAGGUGUCAACUUCACCAAACCAACUGUGCAUUACUUCGCCGUGAACUCGCGGCAGGAAGGACGACUGUGGAUGGCGGCGCUGAUGAAGGCGACGAUUGAUCGGGAUGAGGAUGGCGUUGUUACUACCACGUACAAUCAGAAGACGAUUAGUCUGGCCAAAGCGCGGGCGAGGAGGGAGAGGCCGCCGGCGCUUAAGGAGGAGGGUGAGGGUGAGGUGAGGGAUGGUGAUGAGGAUGGGGAAGUGGAGGAGAGGGCGGAGUUGGAGGGGAGUGAUGUACCCGAGGAUGGUGGGAGUCAGCGGGGGCUCGGAAUUGGGAAUGUUGCGGGGUUGGAUCGGAGUCGGGAUGCUUCUGUGGGUGCGGAGGGGAAAGAGGGUGAGAAGAAGGUGAAGGUGGAGGUGGAGGUGGAGGUGGAGGGCGGAAAGGGGGUGGCGGUGCAGGAUGUUGGGAGUUUGGUACCGCCUGAUGCUGCGGUGAUUACCCCGAAUGGGACGGAGUCGGCGGUGGUGGUGGUGGAUGAGAAGGAGGCUGUUCCGAAGCCGCAGUAUGGGAUGUUGUCGUAGGGUGGCAGGAAUUGUUUUGGUGUGUGACUGUCACUGCUGGCGUGAAAGUUUUUGGAUGCGAGUGGAAGAGCAAACAGGCUUACGGAUGAUACGACAUGCAAUCCAACCCCCCUAUGACGGGCUAAUGUAGACUGCGUAAUAGGAGAAUAAGGAGGAAAGAGAUAUCGAGACGAAAUCAUGGCUAGCUAUCCACUUUCAUCCAUGGCGCAUCCAUUCC